AUGAUAUCUACAUUUAGAUCUCUAAUCUUAUUCAGCUUCAUAUUUCUUUGGCUAUGGAAACCAGCUUACGCCAUUGAUUGGCCCUGGGAUGAUAACUCUAGUUCAAGCUCUGGUUCAGCCUCUGCGGCAAGUUCAAGUUCAAGCUCCAGCUCUAGCAAACCUACAGACUCAUAUCAGCCAUACGAGACAUCUUGCCCGUCUCAUGACCUUGUCAGAGAAGCUAAGAAUAUAUCUUCAGGAGAAAGGGAUUACAUUAGUGAAAGGUAUGAGAAAACAAAUGAGAACAUCAUCGAAUUCUUAGACAAAAAGGCCAAUCUCUCGGAUUUUGAUGCAGAGAGCUUUGUAAAUAGAAUGUCUGAUGUUCAUAACAUAACAAUAGGACUUGCAUUUAGUGGAGGGGGUUAUCGUGCAAUGCUUUGUGGGGCUGGCGAGUUGUUAGCAUUAGAUGACCGUUAUGAAAAAUCAACCCAACUAGGUGGCAUCUUGCAGAGCGCAACAUACUUGGCAGGUCUUUCUGGUGGAAACUGGUUAGUUGGAAGUUUAGUUUUAAAUGACUGGUUAUCAGUCGCUGACAUUAUAGAUGAUGGUUCGAACAUUUGGGACUUAGAUGAUUCUAUCUUUAAUCCCAAUGGCAUUAAUGUCAUCAAAACGGCUGGAUACUAUAAGGAUAUCUCAGAUGAUAUUGAUGCUAAGCAAGAUGCUGGCUUCGAUACUUCGAUCACGGAUUUAUGGGGAAGGGCAUUAUCUCACCAAUUUUUUAAUACCAGCGAUGGAGGGGUUAAUAAAACUUGGUCAGGGAUUAGAGAUUUAUCAAGUUUUGAAGAUCGUGAGAUGCCAUUCCCGAUUGUUAUUGCAGAUGGUCGUACUCCAGGUAAGAUGCUCGUCAACGGGAACUCUACGAUUUUUGAGUUUAAUCCAUAUGAGCUCGGUUCUUGGGAUCCAUCAUUGAACUCUUUUGUCGACGUCAAAUAUAUUGGAACAGAAUUGAAGGAAGGCGACACGAAUACCUCUAAGUGUAUCGUAAAUUACGACAAUGCAGGAUUUGUUAUGGGUACAUCCUCAAGUCUUUUCAACGAAGCUAUCAUUGAAGUUGCAGAUUCAAGUAUUAAUUCAGUUAUCAAAAAAGUUCUUCAAAAGAUAUUGAAUAAAAUCAGUGUUAGCGAAAAUGACAUUGCCCCGUAUACUCCAAACCCAUUUUAUGAUAUAAGUUAUGGUAACACUGAUGCGAUUGCCGACAAUGACACACUUACGCUUGUCGAUGGUGGUGAGGAUGGUCAAAAUGUGCCUCUUUAUCCUUUGAUACAAAAUAGUCGUAGUGUCGACAUUAUUUUUGCUUAUGAUAAUUCUGCGGAUACGGAUCAAAAUUGGCCCAAUGGUACUUCUUUGAUUGAGACUUACCAACGUCAAUUUACUGAGCAAGGAAAAGGGACCCCAUUUCCUUACGUUCCUAAUACAGGAGAAUUCCUUGAACUAACGGACAGACCUGUCUUUUUUGGUUGUGAUGCUUCUAAUUUUUCAGAUCUAAUUGAAUAUCAUGACAAUGAUCAGAUAAAUGCAACUGAUAUCCCAUUGGUUAUUUAUUUUGCAAAUACUAGAUAUUCGUACAAUUCGAAUACUUCUACUUACAAGAUGUCGUACACCAAUAAAGAGAAAAUGGGUCUUAUUGGCAACGGAUUUGAGGUUUCUACUAGAGCAAAUCUCACAGAUGAUAAGAAUUGGGCAACAUGUGUAGGCUGUGCAAUUAUAAGAAGGACGCAGGAAAGGUUAAAUGAAUCUCAAUCAGAUGAAUGCAAAAAAUGUUUUCAAAAAUAUUGUUGGAAAGGUUCAGAGAAGGAUGCAAUAAGUGCAUCUGCUACUGUCAUGGGUCCCUCGUCGACUUCUAAGUCGUCGUCUACGUCUAAAUCCUCGUCAUCGUCAACGUCAUCUUCAAGCCCCAAGAAAGGUGAUGCCAGCUCGUUGAAAUCAUCGCUCUCUAGACUUUCGUUCUUUGUUAUUUCUUUCACCAUGGCAUUUUCAGUUUUGCUCUUGUAA